UGUAAGAUCGCCAAUAAUCGUGCAUUGCUUGGUAUUUUAGCGACAAUGCUCUUGGUACCCAGUAAGCCAUGGUCUUGACAUCUUGAGUGUCACUUUCAUAUAGGUCUUGCUGGUGUGAAUAUGUUUCAAACUUCUCCAAUUUGUACCACAAAGACAACCAUUGUUGAAUGCAAAACCAGUCAGGGGGUGGGGUGAGGCAAAUGCAUGGUGUCGUCGGUUGAUCAACCAGUUCCUUGUCACCUGAGAUCCCAUUGUUGACAUCACAUGAACGCUCUCAAGUAGGCUCUCCUUAUUCGAAACAGGAGGUACUCAAUGUACGAAAUAUGGAGGUCUGCGGGAAUAUAAAACUUGAUAAUCGACUUCACUUUCGCCGUUGAUUCGAAUAAUCUCUUCUCUCAAACGCUCUUCGUGAGACCAAGAUAGGCUGCAUUCUACAUCCUGCCGUCUGGCUCCGAUGAUGCGGUUACCCGGCGGUUGUCUGUCUGUCCUGGUGAUGUUAGCCACCAUAACACUCCUUAAUGUAGGUUACAGCAGGUCGCUGCAGCUAACCUCCACAGGACCGCAGACGAUCAAGCGGGCCGAGGGGGAGAGUGUGACACUGGGAUGCACGUACACGCCAGGCAGCUCGGACACCGGAGAACUGGACAUCGAAUGGUCAGUGGUCAGCCCAGAUACCACUAAGAAAGACCAGCUGCUCCUCUCUUAUACCGGGGGGCGGAAGUAUAUCCAUGGCAACCCCCAGCUCGUCGAGGGGCUGGACUUUGCUGCAGGUGACCCCUCCCUUGGUGACGCGUCCCUGAUCGUCGCCUCGCUGUCACCCAGCCAUUCUGCCACCUACCAGUGCAAAGUGAAGAAGUCUCCUGGGGUAGACAUGUGGAAGGUCUCUCUGGUUGUUAUGGUGAAGCCGUCGAAGCCCAAGUGCUGGGUGGAGGGUGGAGAGGAGGUGGGCAUGCCUGUCUCUCUCCACUGCAAGUCUGACCAGGGAUCCACUCCUCUCAGCUACGCCUGGACUGUAGAUCGAGUGGGCCCAGUCUCCACGGCCACCAUACAGAACAGCGUGACAGGUGAGCUGCUGAUCAGGAACCACUCAGAGAGCUUCGCUGGUGUCUACCUGUGUGAGGUCACCAACGCCGUGGGGGCGGAGCGCUGCCGAAUCAGGCUGAGAGCUGUCAAACCUCCUAACCGAGCAGGGGUGAUCGCUGGGACAGUGGUGGGUUCUCUCCUCCUCCUCAUCAUCAUCGUGCUGCUCUUCUGCGUCUUCCUCUACAAGUGGAGAGGCAGCCCGCGGUACGAGAAGGAGGUGGCCAACGAGAUCAGGGAGGACGCCCCCGCCCCAGAGAGCCGUCCGGGAAGCCGAGGAGGCAGCCUGUACUACAGCCAGGUCCCCAGCUCCCAGACCGGCCGCACGGACGCAGCACUGGGCUCCAACAGCACAGGGGACGUGCCUCUCAAGUACGACCGUCAGUACGGGUACAUAGUGUGACUCUGGACAGGUGGAGAAGGGUCUGGAAUGCUCUGGGAUGAUAUAGAAUGCUCUAGAAUGAUCUGGGAUAUUCUAGAAUGAUCCUGGAUGAUAUAGAAUGCUUUAGAAUGAUCUGGGAUAUUCUAGAAUGAUCCUGGAUGAUAUAGAAUGCUCUAGAAUGAUCUAGAAUGCGCUUGAAUGGUCUGGAAUGGUACAGAACCUGCCAGGGUACGUGAAUGGGACCACCAGGGACGGACUAAAGUGUUGUUUUUGUGUGUUUUGCUGAAAAGUUCUCAAGGUACUCAGAAUUAUAGAAACUUGGGAUUGUGUUUUUCCCUUUGCGGAAGAGGUGUGUGCCUGAAGGAAAGUACCGAAGGACGUAUGAGUCUAUAAUAGUUCUAUUGUGAAAAAGCAAAAUGUUGUCUGUUUGAUUGAAAGUUGUUUGUGAAUAGGACAUUUGAUUUUAUAAUUGAAAAGUUAGCUAUAAUAAAUGUUUGUUAUUGAUGUCA